UCUUUCCUCCUUCUUUGUUCCUGUGACCAGUGAAUGUUGGCCUCUAGGCCCGACACCUGGACAUUUUGCAGUCCCUGCUGUUGAAAAUGUUGCACCAGCUUUGUGGUUUUGGUAUUCUGGGAGAAGGUGUGUAGAUGUUGCUUUAAACGUGUUCCUAAACUGUAUUGUGUUUCCCCAACAUAUCUUCUAUUACAGUGUUUACACUGGAUCAAGUAGACGAUAUUAUUAGUUCCCAAACCGAUGUUAUCCUGCACAGUGAUGGACGUCCCUCUGCAUUUCUUCCUCAUCUAUUUCUACAGGUGUCGGAACAAAGGCGUUCCCGAAGAAGCUUUGGCCUCUGGGGUACAGGGACCUAUAAAGGAGAUGUCAUGCAGACUGACCCAGUCUUCCUCGGCGAGGAUUAGUCGCUGCUGUUAUGAUGGUUUCCCUUACUGGGGACGUGUGUCCCUCUCUGGUGGAAAUGGCGGCCCCGGCAGAGUCAGUGGAAGCGAUUCCCGCGGCGGAGACGACGGAGACGGCGAGGACGGCGAGAGCGGCGGAGACGGCGAAAGCAGAGAAGAUUCCCGGAGCGGCGGAGACGACGAAGACGGCGAGGACGGCGGCGGCGGCGACAAGGAUGACAGCGGUAAGGAAGAUUCCUGGUGGAAUAUCAUUCCUUCCCCACCCUGUAUACCCGAGGCAUCAGAACUGUCAAGGAUG